AUUGUCUCACGCUCUAAAUGCAUUAACACGACAGUCGUGGAAGAGCGAAGCCGACGUGUCGGGCGAGAAGCGGAAAAUACAGAGCGAUUGACCGGACUACCAUAACGACAAAUAAACAGACGCGCCGGACUGCGGGUGAAACGAGUUUAACCAUUUAUAUACCGUCGCGUGGUAAAAAAAAAAGAAAAAUCCAGAUAAGGAGGAAUGCGGUCUUCGUGAAAUGUGAACGGAUCUGAACAUCAACCCAACACUUCAAUGUUGUUGACUGUCGGCGACUCGCUGGUUCAAAGUGCGGGCGUUUGGAUGCCCACCGGAGCUGAGAUCUUCGCAUUUAGCCACGGAUCCUGGAAGACAAUAGGGGAACACAUUACACCAGGCGGUCUUCCCCAAAUAGAAAGCCAGGAUUUUCGUCCGCUUAGCUCUCCAAGUGCCAGUGAGGAACCCUAAGUGACAGCUGUCCAGGAGACACUGAAGGAUGGCGGCUGUAGUGAACUAUUCACCGCCCUGGUGGGUCAAUGCGCUCCACCGCCUGCCGCAUUUCAACCUCCAAUUCGAGGCGGUCAGCAGCGACUUUAGACCCGAAGAUACGGAAUAUCAGAAGUCUGUGCUGCUGCUGGGCGCCUUGGCCUUGCUGUGCCUGGGCCUGGACCUCCUCUUCCUCCUCUUCUACUCCUUCUGGCUGUGCUGCCGCCGGCGCAAGAACGAGGAGUCGUCGCACGGCAGCCACUCGCACAGCCAGCAGCCCAGCGCCGACUGCUGCUGCACGGCCUGGUGUGUCAUCAUCGCCACGCUCGUGUGCAGGUGAGCGGACUCAACCCUC